UGAUGAAUGAACACGUCUCUCUCUUCAAACAACAAGACAGUAUCCAAGUGAGCGAGCGAGCGAGCUGGUGUUUUCUCCAAGACUUUUCUCACACCUUCCCUUGGCCCACGACUGCUGGCGAUGCAAGCGUGGGAGGCUGUGUUGCCCACGGCGCAGGAUGCGGCGGCACUGCGGGCGCUGAGGGCCGCCCACUUUGCCCAGACACCGCAGCAGCUGCGGGACCGCUUCUGCAUUGCGGUAACAGAUGCACUCUGCUGCCGUGGCAGCGACAGCGGCGGCAGCGGUAGGAGCAACGACGACGACCACCACCACGACACAGCCCAUGACGACGAUGGCACGCGGCAGCCCAUGAGCCAAGGCAACCACUGCGACAACGACAGCAGCAGGCAUCAACGCGAAGGCGGAAGGAAUGGCGGAGACGAAGGCGGUGAAGAGGACGAGGACGACCACGCGGACUCCUUGACCUUCUCCCAGGUGGAGCAAGCCAUGCUUGCAUAUGAGCGCACACAUGCAGCACCGCACAAAGGGCAGGCAGCCAGCCAGCGCAGGAGCCGACACCCAAGGGCAGCAGGCACAUCAAGGACACCCGCAUCUGCAUCCUCGCCAACACCAACACCACCAUCAACGGCAACAGCAACGGUGGCAGGAACAGUGACAACGUUGCGAGUGCUGCCAGCAGCACAACAACACUCUGCAGCGUCUCCGUCACGGACACGGACGCCAAGCAACGCCACGUUGCAUGCAGAGCACCAAAGAACCCCUGUACGGAGCAGCAGCAGCAGCAGCAGCCCGGCGGCAGUCUCCGCCGCCUUUCGGCCACCGACUUCGCUUGCCUCUCAGCCGGGCUGCAUGCCAACAGCAGACGCCACCACCCGCUUCUGUAUCCAGUAUCUCAAUGCAAUGUGGUCGUCAUCCACGUAGCUUUCCCUUGUGGUCGCUUGACCCCCUCCCUCCUCCCUGUCCACACCCGCCGCCGCUUGUGUCAUCACACUCUGCCCUGCUUCACUUCGUGCUUGACUCCGCGUUACUUUGCACCUGGCCUUGCCACAAGGCGGCGGCUCCUUCUAAUGAACCUUCUUCUCUGCCAAGCACAGCACGGCACAGC